CUAGACUCGGGAGAAGUAAACAGCGGGCCGACCGAGGCUCGCGGACUCAGGCCAGGUGGGAGUUUGCACUCUCCAGGGGGCCUGGGCUGCUACUCAGGGGUCUUGCAAAACCCCGAGUCGUGCGUGAUGCAUUAGGAAGAUCCCGGGCCUAGGGACAGAACCCCCGAGCGCCGAGUUGGAGGCGGAGCUUCGGGAGUGCUUUGGCGGGAGCAUGCUGGGGCUCCUGUGGCCGCGGCUUCCCCCGGCGGGGGUCCUGUUCCUGUUGCCCCUCCUGCCACUUCUGCUACUGCCCGCGACCCCGUCGCCCCACCGCGCCACCUACAAGCCGGUCAUAGUUGUGCACGGGCUCUUUGACAGCUCGUACAGCUUCCGCCACCUGCUGGAAUACAUCAACCAGACACACCCCGGGACUGUGGUAACAGUGCUUGAUCUCUUCGAUGGGAGAGAGAGCUUGCGGCCCCUGUGGGAACAGGUGCAAGGGUUCCGGGAGGCCGUGGCCCCCAUCAUGGCGAAGGCCCCUGAAGGAGUACAUCUCAUCUGCUACUCACAGGGGGGCCUUGUGUGCCGGGCACUGCUCUCUGUCAUGGAUGAUCACAAUGUGGAUUCUUUCAUCUCCCUCUCCUCUCCACAGAUGGGACAGUAUGGAGACACAGACUAUUUGAAGUGGCUGUUCCCUACCUCCAUGCGAUCUAACCUUUACCGGAUCUGCUAUAGCCCCUGGGGCCAGGAAUUUUCCAUUUGCAACUACUGGCACGACCCUCACCAUGAUGACUUGUACCUCAACGCCAGCAGCUUCCUGGCCCUGAUCAAUGGGGAAAGAGACCAUCCCAAUGCCACUGCAUGGAGGAAGAACUUUCUCCGUGUAGGUCACCUGGUGCUGAUCGGGGGCCCUGAUGAUGGUGUUAUUACCCCCUGGCAGUCCAGUUUCUUUGGUUUCUACGAUGCAAAUGAGACGGUCUUAGAGAUGGAGGAACAACUGGUUUAUCUGCGGGAUUCUUUUGGGCUGAAGACUCUCUUGGCCCGGGGGGCCAUAGUGAGGUGUCCAAUGACUGGGAUCCCACACACGGCUUGGCAUUCCAACCGUACCCUUUAUGAGGACUGCAUUGAACCAUGGCUCUCCUGAGGACAUCUGCAGGGGUCCCCCAGGAACCCCCCAACCCAGAGACCCAGUGGCGGCCUUGGAAAGCAGACGUCAGGCUCUGGCGUGCCUGUGACCACCUCGUUGCUUCCA